AUGACAGAGGAGCAACUGCAUGCCUAUCAAGUAGAGGAGGCCGUUAAGAAGACCGAGAAGCUGGCGCCCACUCUGUGGGGAAUAUUGUCAUCGUUACUCUCUGCGGAUGAUGAGAUCAAUGUUCGACGAUUGAACUUGAUGCGACGACGGCAUGAGAAGCAAAAGGCGAAUAAGGUUAACGUUGAUAACACCGAUCGUGAUGCCGAUAUGGAUAUCGAAGACGAGGAUGAAAUGGACGAUGUGGACGAGGACACCUUUCCUGAUGAUAGCGACGAUGAGCCUGAGGACGGGGUUGAUCAGGCCAUGGAACGACGGCAAAAACUAAUGAAUAUACGAGGCUUGCUCUGCGCUAGUGUGCUUAUGAAAAGCUCGAACCAGCAUUGUAAUGCAUUCCAGAGUGUUGUAGGGAUGUUUCUUCAUGCAACGAACACCCCCGAGACAGUCCGAGAGUUCCUUUCAUCACUUGGCAUCUCGAUUACAACGACAACAAUAAAUCUAGCGGUCAAAAGCUUAGCAAAGAACUCACGAACGAAAAUGAAAGAGCUGGGAAAGUCACUGCGAGUAUUAUUUGCGUACGACAAUCUGGACCUGGAGAUGAAGCCAUUAGUCCCGACUAUGGAGACAGAGAAAGACCACCUCAUCCAUUUCACUACGGGAACAAUGCUACCGCUUCACCCGAGCACUGCUCUCGCCGACCUUGAUUGCUCCGACAUGCUAUGGGAACGGUGCCCGCCAGGCCAGGCACCUGAUGUACCAAUAGCCAAGUUGCUACAGCUUCACCUGAAGCCACGCGAUGCGAAUGGAUUGAACGGCCGUGCUCGUUUCAACCGCUGGCAGUUCCUAUUUGAUCUGGUGCAUCAUGGGCCAGAGUACUUUCGACGGUUCAAACGAGAUCUCGGCGAGGCUGAGGCGUACAAGAUUAUCACACCUACUCACCAGACAUUCCAAGUGCCAAAUCAGACACUGGACGUGGCACCGAGUACGCCUGCAUCUAACGCUCGGGCAAUCGAAGAGCUUCUUGCGCAAGCUGGUAUCACGGACCCUAGCAAGAAUGAAGGCAACAGCGUCGACAUUGGAAAUCAGGUUCUAUUAAUAUCUGGGGACUUACUCACUGGUGAACGGAUAUGUAGCUUGCUGUCUUCAAGGCUCGAAGAACAGACACCGUGGCGGCGGAUGCAAUAUGUCGUCUAUGUGAUGGGGUUGUUCCAUCUCAAGAUGGCUGCUGCAGAGGCGAUCUGGAGGAUAUUUAUUCGGGAUAAGAGCGCUCGAGAGGACCCUACAAGUCUGAUGGAACUUUUGAGUCAAAUCCGCCCACAAGAAACAGGGAAAUUGGGUAGCAAACCGGGAUUUCGAAGAAUGCAUGAAGCCAUUCAACAUGUCGGAAUCGUUCUUCGCCUCGAUUGUUGGCGUAUCCUAGCCAACGAACUAUUUCCAUCAUGUAGUUCACUGGAAGUCUUCGCUCAAAGGACGCCGACCUGGGAGGAGGUUGUUGAUAUGGCAACUAGGUUAUGCAAAAGUCAGGUCGCGGCAUCUGAUAUCGACUCGACUACACGCAUUGCCAAAGAAAGUACACGGGACGCACAGCAUGAGAACAGUCUAAUCCGUCAGCAAUGCUUUCUGUUAUAUGAAGAACUUUCGUACGCGAUGAACCAUGGCGAUAUUGACCGCACGGAAGCAUGCUUCAUACCUUGGAUGUCUAUCUUCUCAGCUUGCGGUAAGCAUAAAUAUGCCGCUGAGCUGAAACGCUACCUCGAAGAUGUUCACUUUCGGUACCCUGAGGGCCUUAAAAACACCGUUCGCGCGAAUAUUCUCUGUAAUCCAACGGGGCAAGAGGGGAAGUUUCGGGGGAUAGAUUGGAUUGUUGAACAUAAUAAUCUCUACAUUAAGAGAAUAUAUGGCGGAAAGUACUCGAAUCAUUCUAAAUCACACAUCAUCAGUCAGUCGCAACUCAUCGAGGUCUUUAAAGACACUCGAAUCCAAUUUGAGAAGAUGUUCUGUUUGGAUCACAAGACGACACGCCACUCGCCGCCGAAGAUGGUGAGAACUUUCAAGGUAUUAGCAAAGUAUAUGGAGAGAGAAAAGGUAAACGAGAAGGUUCCCGGGCGAAAGACUAAGUAUCGGAUCCCAAACGUUGUGGGGGAGGGCCUAGCUAUAGUGUAUCGAAGGCAUGUGCAGGGGUCGCAAGCUGGCAUAGAUAAUGGUGACGAAGAGGAACUUAUCGAGCUUCAAGACGAUGGCGGUAUAGAUGUGUAA